AUUCUGUCUUAAGAGAUUUUCUAUAUAAACACCAUCUCCACAGGUAUUCCACAAAAUUCACCUUCUUCAGCUCUCUUAUUAAUUUGUCAUCUUUCAGCAGAUCCCCCUAGUUUUUCUUCCAACAUGAGUUUCAAAUCUCCCCUGCAAUUGCUCAUCAUCAUCCUUCUAGUUUUUUCAUUUGUUGUCUCUUCUGCUGCUCUCCAAACAACAAGAAGGCUUUUGCCAAACAAAGAAAAACUCUCAACCCAGAUUACAUCUGAUAAGGGUGCUGAGGAAUUGAGAAAUGGAGAAGAAAUGUUAGAUAUGGCAGAAGAGUUCAUGGUAGAGGGAAGGAUUGAUUUGGAGAGUAAUGAUUAUCCAGGGACAGGAGCAAACAACCGGCAUGAUCCAAAGACACCAGGAGGACCUUGAGAAAUUAAUGCAUAAAUUUUGUACAGAUUAUGAGAGCUAAGAGAAUUAUCAAUGGUACUAAACUUGGUAUUGGAUUUGCAUAUUGUUAAUUCUUGCUGCUAGAAUAUUCCUUUCAUCCAAUAUUUUGUAGUGGAUGAAUGUGUUUCUCUGUAGUUGGGUUGCUGUGCUAUUUUGAUUUAGAUAUGUGGAGGUGAAACUCUCUUGCUUGGUUAAGUUUGUAGACUUUAGAGCUCAAGCAAAUAUUAACAGAAAUUUCAAUUUUCUUAAGCAAGUUUAUAUUAUGUACCUUCCAUUUAGACAAAGUUGUUUAGAUGACAAAAACAAUGAGAUUAAAAGUAUGCUACUAUUUUGAUUUAUAGCUAAUUUUGAUUAAAAGUA